UACUUUAAGUUUACCCCUCCUUCCUACAUCUCAGUCAUGGGCAAAUCUGUUUCUAAAACUGAAUCAGCUCCUCCACCUACAGCUAAUAUUCAAUCCCAUCGUAUUGAUCUAUCUAAAGACCCUUCUACUGAUCAUGGCCCUGUUAAUCGUGAAAAAGUAGUUCAAGCUAGUCGAGCUGUUCUUCAUCUUAAGGUGGGUGGGAGUGACAUUGAAUCCAGUUGGGUUAAUGCUGUUGCCGUUAGUUUCAUGUCAAAGGAUGGGAUCAAGACUAGUGGAAUUAUACUUUGUUAUAAACACGAUAUGGGCUUAUCUUCUGAUACUGAAUAUUCAUUACACUAUAGGCCACUGGGUAAUAGCGACUCGACCACAGCUGUUAGCCUGUCUGCUGUGAAACCAGAAUGUACUUUUACUUGCCCAUUGCUGUAUUUCUCAUUCAUUCAACUGAGUCAAGAAACUGUUGAGUCUUUGAAACAGUCUGGUUGCUUUUUUUAUAAUCUACAAGAUCAAGUUAGCCCUGUGGAAGCUGAAGACACCAUUUAUCUCCUUCAGUCUCCUACUCCAGCAUCAACAGCCAAUACUUCAAGUAGCUUACAUUAUGUUCAAGGAUCAGUCAAGGAGCAUUAUGGACAGGAUAUAUGGUAUAAGGCUGUUUGUUCUUUCGCUCCUGGUAUUCCACUGUUCAAUUCUUCUGGGGAAUUAGUGGGACUACAUAAAUCUGAUGGCACCGUCACCGCUCAAGAUGAUAAAGAAACACAAUGUACAUUAGCUAUUCCAUUGACAGCUGUUGCUACUGUUCUUACUCAAGUUUCUUUGAAUUGUGACUCACAAUCGUUAAGUCUUCGGAGUAAUCCUGUAGAUUUAACAUCGUAUGGUACACAAUUGGAAGAAAUUGGGCUUGAAGUAAUGUCACUCAAUCCUUCCAGUGAGAGAUAUAAAGGAUGCCUGAUGUACAUCAGUCCUGCUAACCUCAGAGAAUACAUCACAGCAAUAUGGUUUAUGCCGACUUGUAUGGGAUGGUAUUGGAGCCCAACUGACCCAGAGGGUGAGCUUUGUCCUAACUGGAUGCCGGUCAAUAGGCUGGAAGUUAUUGGAGGGUUUUGGCAUGGACAAAUACCAGCUCCUAAGAAUGUUACAAUUAUUCGCUGGCUUGAUCAGCAUAAUAUUACAGCUAUUUGCUAUACUCGCUAAUGAUGAAAACUCUGCAGGUCUGAUCUACAGUUUUUGUAGGUUAAUUGAGGCAAAUAUUUGUGGGUGUCGCAUACCUCCAGAUGUGCAUGUGAGCUAAUCCCAGUGAAAGGGAUUAAUAAGUAUCGCUAUUGAAUAACUAACUUUUAAAAAUUUACUCAUAUACCCUUGCCUGUAUGCCUACACGUGGCAAGAGUAAUUACUGGCACUAAUAUUAUGGCUUUGCAUGCAUUAUAUAGUUUACAGCUUAGCCUUUUAUAUGAAAGCAACUUUAUAAUUUUAUUCUAAUUGCAAGCAUAAUUAAAAGUCACUAUUUUUUCGCCUCUAUUUAUGAGCCGCAGAAAUUGUUUUGUAAUUAAUUAAUUAGUGUGUCAUUGAGAUUAUGUAGCAUUUAUGCAGUUACCCUCACUACUUGGUUCCAAAGUUCAACUUGUCUAGGCUAGGAUAGCUCACUGUCAGUAUAGUAACCAAUAGAUUAGCAGUACCCCAAAAUUCCACUCUUAAGAUAGUUGACAUUUGUAGGUGUACAAUUGUUGCAUGUACAUCUUAAUUUUAUUAUACUGAUCAUUCGUGAUCAAAAA